AAAGUAUAUACUUCAAUACUGUAUUGGUUAUCUCAUUAAUUUACAUCAAUAUUGUAUAUCUGUUUAUCUCCUUAAAGGAAAAGUAUUUACUUCAAUAUUGUUAUUGUGGCAAUCUUAAAUAAUGAUACCAACUUCAUACCGAAAGUCCAAAUAUUAUAAAUGUAUAAUUUAUUAUAUUUGUACUUCUCCAACCUGCCAUGGUAGAGGAUUUACAUUAAAUAAUGUAUUUAUUCUGACAGCAGAAUGCAAUGAUAUUUGCAACUACUUGAGAGCAAGAAGAGGAAUAUCAUUGGGAAGAAAUGAAGAUAAUGUGACUUCUGUGAAUAUUCAUAAACAAGAAGAUGGAAGUGCUGUGAGGAUUUCUGGGAUCCUUGAAGAAGGUCCGGAGUCGAUAUAUUCGAUGAUCAAUCCUAUUCGAGAAGAUGCUGAUUUUGAAUCGAUGGGUAGAAAUGAAGAGAUUGUGACUUCUGUGAUUAAUCAUGAACAAGAAGAUGGAGGUGCUGUGGGGAUUUCUGGGAUCCUUGAAGAAGGUCCGGAGUCGAUAUCCUCGAUGAUCAAUCCUAUUCGAGAAGAUGCUGAUUUUGAAUCGAUGCGUAGAAAUGAAGAGAUUGUGACUUCUGUGAUUAAUCAUGAACAAGAAGAUGGAGGUGCUGUGGGGAUUUCUGGGAUCCCUGAAGAAGGUCCGGAGUCGAUAUCCUCAAUGAUAAAUCCUAUUCGAGAAGAUGCUGAUUUUAAAUCGAUGGGUAGAAAUGAAAAGAUUGUGACUUCUGUGAUUAAUCAUGAACAAGAAGAUGGAGGUGCUGUGGGGAUUUCUGGGAUCCCUGAAGAAGGUCCGGAGUCGAUAUCCUCAAUGAUAAAUCCUAUUCGAGAAGAUGCUGAUUUUGAAUCGAUGGGUAGAAAUAAAGAGAUUGUGACUUCUGUGAUUAAUCAUGAACAAGAAGAUGGAGAGGAUGAUCUCCAUGUUUUACCAUAUUUGGACGAAAGUUUUAUAGAUGAAGAUGUUGUAAUCGAUAUCUCCAUUGCAGCUGAUAGCUCUGUAACUUUACCAAUAUCAGUUAAUAACAUUCAAUUCUCAUAUUUAAAUGUAGAACAGCCAUAUAAUUUUAUUCUUUCCCAUAAAAAACGUAAUUUGUUAUAUUCAAAUAAAUUUCUAUAUGUUCAUCAUAAAUUUGGAAUUUUAUUUAAAUGUAGACUAAGUCAUUGUACGGCAAGAGGUACAUUAUUAAAUAUGCAGUUUACAUUGACACAUAUUCACAACCAUCCUUCUGAAUCUGAGGAAGAGCAUUAUGCAAUUUUAGUAACUAUGAAUAAACUUAAAGAACAAAUUCGAGCGUACCCCUAUCAAAGCAAACGUAAAACAUAUAAUCAAGUUAUGCAUAUUAGAAAAAUGGAUCCUCUUUUAACUCUAUUCUAAUGCUCUACCAACAUUUCUAUCUGUCAAAACUAUUAUGAAUCGUGUUAUUAAAUCAUUGAGACCACCUUUGCCUCUUAUAAAUUCUGAUAUCCGAUUAUACGGGGAUUAUAAAUUAACACUUGAUAAUAAGACUUUUUUAAUUUGUAAUGAAAAUAAUGAAUAUUUUCUACACAUGAACUACUUGAAAGUCUCUGUAAUGCCGACCAAAUUUUGAUGGACGGCACAUUUUUUUCGUGUCCUAUAUUACAAUUAUACACUAUUCAUAUAAGGAUUAAUCAUACAAUAAUUCCUUGCGCAUAUAUAUUAUUGCCAAAUAAAAAUAAAGAAACGUAUCUAAAAAUGUUGAAUCUUUUAAAAAACUAUUGCCGAUCUAUAGGUAUUUCCCUUUCUCCUUCUAAAGCACUUAUAGAUUUCGAAAUGGGAGCACUUACAGCACUCGAAGAAAUUUUUCCAACCAUUUCUGUCAAGGGAUGCUACUUUCAUUAUUGUCAAUAUAUUUUAAGACGAAUACAGGGUAAUAGGUUGACAGCAUAUAGUCGUCUUAAUCCUGAUUUUAAUAGAUUUUAUCGCAGACUAAUGGCGAUACCCUUCUUAACCGAAAUCGACAUACCAUUGGUAUUGUCAGAAUUAAAUAAUGAAGUAGAGGCCUUUAAUUUAGAUCCCAUAAGAGAUCUCUUUACAUACUUUAAAAGUACUUGGAUUAACCCAAACGCUAUAUUUAAAUAUAAGAUGUGGAACAUGUAUGAUGUUCAAGGUGUAAGAACAUGAGGGAUUUCAUCGUUCUUUAAAAGAGUAUAUAACAUAUUCUCAUCCUAAUUUAUAUCUUUUUAUUGAUAUAUUAAAACAAAUACAACAAGAUAUGGAUAUAAAAUUUAUCCAAUUGCGUAAUUGGAAAAAAGUUACCGAAAGAAAAAAAAAAUACUGUAUAAUAGACGAGAAAAUCAGACAAGAAACAUUUUUAUAUUACACUACUUAUACACCAAUGCAGUAUUUAGAUAAAAUAUCAAGAUAUUUAAUAUCGAAAAAAAAUAAUGAUAUACCUGCUGACUAGAUUAUUUUUCAUUUAAAUUUUUUUUUUUCGAUAUUAAAUAUCUUAUCCAAGAUAUGCGAAAAUAAAGAUUUUAAUUCACAGAAAUAUCUUCGUAGAAUAUUUGAUUUUUUGACUUUCUAAAUACUACUAAGGUGUAUAGGUAGUGUAAUAUAAAAAUAUUUCUUGUCUAUUUUGCAGUAUUUUUUUUUCUCUCGGUAACUUUUUUCCCAUUUAUUUGUUAUAACAUAUCAAUAAAAAUAUAUAAAUUAGGAUAAGUAACAAUAAGUAAUAUACACUUAUAGAACGAUAAAAUCCUUCAACAUGGUUAUUUGUUCUUACACCUUGAACAUCAUACAUGUCAAAGAUAUAAAUUAGGAUGAGAAUAUGUUAUAUAAUCUUUUAGAGAACAAUAAAAUCCUUCAACAUGGUUAUUUGUUCUUACACCUUGAACAUCAUACAUGUUCCACAUCUUAUAUUUAAAUUUAGCGUUUGGGUUAAUCCAAGUACUUUUAAAGUAUGUAAAGAGAUCUCUUAUGGGAUCUAAAUUAAAGGCCUCUACUUCAUUAUUUAAAUCUGACAAUACCAAUGGUAUGUCGAUUUCGGUUAAGAAGGGUAUCGCUAUUAGUCUGCGAUCUUAAAAUCAGGAUUAAGAAUUCUAUAUGCUGUCAACCUAUUACCCUGUAUUCGUCUUAAAAUACAUUGACCAUAAUGAAAAUAGCAGGUUGGAAAUAUUUAUUCGAAUUCGUAAGUACUCUCAUUUAAAAAUCUAUAAUGGCUUUAGAAGGAGAAAAGAAAAUACCUAUAGAUCGACAAUGGUUAUUUUUAGAAUUCUUUAUUUUUAUUUGGCAAUAAUAUAUACGCGCAAAGAAUUAUUGUAUGAAUAGUGUAUAAUUGCUUAAAUAAUAUAGGACACGAAAAAAAUGUGCCGCCCAUCAAAAUUUGGUCGGCAUUACAGAGACUUUCAAGUGUAGAAAAUAUUAAUAAUUCAUUAUUUUCAUUACAAAUUAAAAAAAGUCUUAUUAUCAAGUAUUAAUUUAUAAUCGGAUAUCAGAAUUUAUAAGAGGCAAAGGUGGUCUCAAUGAUUUAAUAACACGAUUCAUAAUAGUUUUGACAGGUAGAAAUGUUGGUAGAGCAUUAGGAUGGAGUUGAAAGAGAGGAUCUAUUUUUCUAAUACGCAUAACUUGAUUAUAUGUUUUGAUAGUUGUAAGCUCUAAUUUGUUCUUUAAGUUUAUUCACUAAAAUAUAAUUCUCUUCUUAUGAUUCAUCAGGCUGGUUGUGAA